CAAUUAUCAUGAUCUCCCAGAGGCUGCUAGUGAGGGGAGCAAAAGCAGUGACGGGCGAUCGGCAUCCGCUUCCAUUCCUGAGCGCGGCGCACCUAGCGGUCCGCAGCAGCAGCAGCCACCCCAGCGGCAGAGGCGGCGUCAGAGGCAUGGCCACCCACGCGGAGCUGCACAGCCAGGGGUGCUACAUCGGGGAGGUGCAUGUGGUGGGGGCGCCCAGCGGCCCCCUUACAGGCCUGACCGCGGUGGUGAAGGACUGUUUUGAUGUGGCAGGGCAUCGCACCUCCAACGGCAGCCCCGCAUGGCUGGAGACGCACCCGCCCGCGCAGCGCAACGCCGCCGCCGUCCAGGCGCUGCUGGACGCUGGGGCGACCAUAAUUGGAACGAAUGUCAUGGAUGAGAUGGCGUACAGCCUGGCGGGCGAGAAUGCGCACUACGGCACCCCCGCCAAUCCGGCAGCACCGGGGCGCAUUCCCGGCGGCUCCUCGUCCGGCACGGCGGCGGCGGUGGCGGCAGGGGAUGCAGACCUGGGGCUGGGUGGAGACACGGGCGGCUCGGUGCGUGUGCCCGCCUGCCACUGCGGCAUCCUGGGUAUCCGACCCACGCAUGGGCGGGUAUCGCUGCAGGGCGCCGUGCCGCUAGCCCCCAGCUUUGACACUGGCGGCUGGUUUGCGAGGGAUGCGGGCGUGCUCCGCGCGGUGGGCGGCGUGCUGCUGGACGGCGGCAGCCGGCGUCCGGCGCAGCUGCGGCGCCUGCUGGUGGCAGCCGAUGCCUUUGGGCUGGCAGAGGAGGCCACAACCAAGGCGCUGUAUGACGCGCUGUCGCCCAAGAUAGACCAGGUGGCUGCCCUGCUCAGCAAGCCGCAGGAGGUGGAGGUAGGCAGCAGCACGGGCGGGCUGAGCCAGGCCUGGUUCAACGCGUUCCGCGUGCACCAGGCGCAUGAGAUUUGGCAGCAGCACGGCGCGUGGGUGACAGAACACCGGCCGAACUUUGGGCCCGGCAUCCGAGAGCGCUUCCAAAUGGCUGAAGGCGUCAGCCGGAAGCAGUAUGAGGAGGCGGCGCAGCAGCGCGGCGCGGCGCGGCAGCGGCUAGCAGAGCUGCUGGGCGGCGACGGCGUGCUGAUGCUGCCCACCGCGCCUGCGCCUGCGCCGCUGCUCAACACGCCCUCGGAUCAGCUGGACGCCUUCAGGACGUCGCUCAUAUCCUUGACCUGUAUUGCUGGCCUGUCCGGGUUCCCGCAGGUCAACGUGCCGAUUGCGGAUGUGGAGGGGCUGCCGGUGGGUCUGGGCCUCAUUGGGCCGCCAGGCAGCGAUGAAGACUUGCUCGAGCUGACAGAGCAGCUACUGGCCGUGCUGCGAUGA